AUGAAGGAUGCUGAUGAUGAGUCCAUCAACACCGGCUCGAAUCUCUUCGUCACCGGGAUUCACCCGCGCCUCACCGAAACCGAUGUCUCCCGCCUCUUUGAGAAGUAUGGUGAUGUUGAGAACUGCUCUAUCAUGCUUGACCCCCAUACCAAAGAGUCCCGUGGCUUCGGUUUCGUCAAGAUGGUGUCCAACGAGCAAGCUGAGGCUGCCAAGGAGGGCUUGCAAGGCGAGGUCAUUGAAGGUCGCACUUUGAGCAUCGAGAAGGCUCGUCGUGCCCGUCCUCGCACUCCCACGCCAGGAAAAUACUUUGGUCCUCCCAAGCGUGGUGACUUCCGCGGCCCGUCGUCACGAGGUGGUUACCGUGAUCGCUACGAUGAUCGUCGUGGAGGUUACCCCCCGCGCCGUGAUGACUACCGUGGCGAAUAUCGUGGUGGCGACUAUCGCGGCGGCUCUCGAUAUGACGAUGAUCGACGUGGCUAUGGAAGCAGACGAGACGAUAGUUACGGCAGUCGCGGCAUCGAUCGAUACGAGAGCAGCAGCCGACGUGACGAUGGCUACGGCGGCGGUGGCGGUGGCGGUGGCGGCGGCAACUUCCGUGGCGGAGACAGAGGUGAUCGAGGUGACCGGCGUGAGUACUACGACCGCGCAGGUGCUGGCGAUCGUGGUGGCUACCCUCCUGCGGCCCGGGAUGAGGCCCCUCGUGAGUACGCUGGUGGCCGCGACUACGCUCGCGAUGAUCGCUACGCCGGCAGGUAA